GUCGAUUGGAUGUUGACAAGUUUUGAUGUACUUAUGUCGAUAUUCUGAAUUAUGUCGAGCUAUGUUUGGUCGAUGAUAUGUUGAGCCCAAUAGGACGACAAAUUUGUCAACUAUUUUUACGUCGAAGAGUGUCGACAAAGUUAGUCGUAAGUAUGUCAAAAUAUUUUUUAAGGUCUAUUUAUGAUUGUGUCAACUAAUAAACAUUUGAUUUGCAUAACUUUUUUAAAUUAUUUUUAAUUAUGAUUGUGUCAACGUGGUAAUCUAUCCAGUCGACCAUUCGGGUAGCUGCUAGCGCGGGCCCUUUGAUAGCAAUGGCAAAAGUGAAAUAUACAGGCGUUCCCACCUCCCUCCUCGGAUCCAGUAGAACUCAACGAUGAGUGCCGUCGACGUUGCGCCUCUCUUCGUUUCCAGAGCCGGCGCCGGUAUUCCGAGUCACACCUGCUUCUCACGAACCGCCAAUCUCCUCCCGCUCGGCCGGAAACAUGCACGGAUCACUGUUCCUAUGAUCGUCUUCGGGAAACCCGUAGCCGCUCGAACGACCGUGACAGCUGCUUCUCUGAAAGAGGAGAGAGCUUCGGUGACGGAGGAAAGUGAGACCCCGGUGAGAAUUAUAGCUCUUGUCGGCGAUGGUAGUGUCAGCCCCCUCAAGUCCGUUCCUUGGCGUGACGUCAUGAUCCACACAGCACAGAGAUUGAAGUUGGUUGAUGAACAUUAUGAAAUGCUUGUGUUUAACGACAACUUUUAUCAAUCUAAUGACGAGAAUGUGAAACAUGUUACAGAGGAAGUGCGCCGAGCAAAUAUUUUGGUGGUUAUUGCAGUUAUGAAUGGGGAAACAGUCAAAUGGAUUCAAGAAAAUGUUCAUUUUGUCCAGAACGUUAUUUGUUUUGAGUCAUCUGCCACAUUAAUAAACAAGCUGGGAGGACUAACUAUUGAAGUUGAGAAUAAUACAUUUAGAAGGUUAGCUCAAAUAUCUCAAUGGAAAAAACUCGAGGAAUCAAGAGAAGUAGCCCAAACAGUGUCUUCAGCUUGGGAGAGGUACAAUUCUGAUGGCAUACGCUUUUGUCUGCUAGUUAUAAUUAAUGCUUAUAUUGCUCCAGUUCCGAUACUAAAGAAUCUGAGAGCAAAAGGCUUCUCUACCUUAAACUGCAUGCUGAAAAACUGUGGACUGCAGAUAUUGAAUUGCCUUAUGGAUCCUAAUUGUAGAAAAGCUCUCCAAUGUUUAAACCAGUGCAACCCAGUGGAUCAGGUAUGCAACUACAGAUGCAUCGCUUCAUACGAGAGUCCAUGCCUGGAAGAGUUUUCUCUUUGUGUACUUCAGAAGAACAACUGUCUAGGACUGGAUGCAAAAAUCCCUGAAAAACCACAUGUGGCCCCGAUGUUAGAGUUUCAGGGGGAGAUACUGUGUCAUGAAACUGCCGAGGACCUUUUUGUGGGUUGGUUGGGGAAAUUAGAUUGGAGUUGGCGUGUGGUUGCAGGACAAAACCCAGCCUAUGAUCAAUUCCCAUGCCAAUACCAGUUAUUCUAUAGAGGAAAAGCAAAGGGUUCAUUUUGGUAUGAGCCGGUCUUUCAGGUGAGAACAGUUGAAGAUAGCCUGGUUUGGAGAAGGCGAAAAUACCGAGUGAAAAGGGGAAAAGUCCCCGGGACAUUUUACUUCAGUGUCUUGGAUAAUGGAGUGGUUUCAAAGGAGUUCUGGACGAUUGUGGAUGUUUGUGAGGAUCUAAGCUGGGGCUUGUUUCACUAUAGCGGGGCUGCUCGAGUGGCAGGGCAAUCAUACUCUGGGGCAGUCCUUGUCAGCCCAGACGGUGUGUACCCAAAUGUGGAACAACACCAGAGAUUGAUAUCUGCUUUGGAUAAGUGUUGUAUCAAAGAGUGGGAGCUCUUCAUGGUUGAAAAUUGUUCAUGUCAAGAUCCACCUCUAUGGCUGCCUGAGGGAUAUAGUUUACAUUGUAGUGUUGAAGUUUAGAGAAAGAAACAAUUGUCUAUUUAGUGGCCACAGCUCCAUGAGAUCGGAUUAAUGUCAGGUGCCAACACCACUCAUAUAAUUUGAGAUUUAGGUCUCUCCCUUCCAUUUUUUCAUGGACAAAAUGGAACAGGACAUUACAGAACCCAUUGGUUCCCCAAUUCGGAGGUGCAGCUGUCGAGGAUUUCAUCAAAUUUAGUUCUGCAGUUGUGAAUAUCCUGACAUUUCAUGUCCAAUGCCAAGAUAGAGGAUCCCCGGAUCUAUUUCCAGAGGAUCCAACAAAUAUUGCUUACCUAUAUGAUGUUCUCUGAGGGCGUCGGUCCUCUGCAUCUGAGAAACAAUUUACUUAACCUUAUGUAUUCCUAAAGGUUUUGGGCCUCAUAUGUGCAUUUGUGAAGUCUUAUUUAACCCUAUGAUAUUUUUCCUAAGGGCGUUUGGCCUCUGAUCUUAUGUGCAUCUCUAAUUAAGGCCAGCGUUUACUUGAGAGCUCUUUGCCAAAUGUAAUGCUCUUCUUGUGGUCCAGUUUGUAUGAGGUCCAGUUUGUAUGAGGUGUUGCAAGAAGGUAUAGUUUGAUAUGGCAUUGUUGCUUUCUUUGUUGCUUGUUUGAUGACAGUGACUUUUGUAGCAAAGGUUUACACUUUUGAGUUUUAUAGAGCCUAUACAAUUACAUUCACUUUUAAGUAAACAAACUAUGAAUUC